UUGAAAGUCCAGAGUAAAGUUUUCUUUUUUUGAAAUAGCAUUUAUCUGUAAGCAUAUCAAUUUGCAAAACAAGGCAGUCUUGACUUUGACAAGAGGACAUCAAAUCCUAUAGAAUAUUAGAAACAAGAGAGACAGGAUGAACACUUCAGGAAAAGUGAUUAAAUGCAAAGCUGCUGUGUUAUGGGGCCUGGAGCAACCCUUUUCCAUCGAGGAAAUUGAAGUUGCCCCACCAAAAGCUCAUGAAGUUCGAAUUAAGAUCUUGGCCACAGGCAUAUGUCGCACAGAUAAUAAUGCAACCACUGGAGUCAUGCCUGCUAAAUUUCCAGUCAUUGUGGGACAUGAAGCAGUUGGAAUUGUAGAAAGUAUUGGCGAAGGAGUAACAUCAUUGAAACCAGGAGACAAGGUUAUCCCACUUUGUGUCCCACAGUGUGGAAUUUGCUCUAAUUGCUUGAAACCUGAUUCAAAUUACUGUGACAUGCUUGAUAUUGUUGGUAAAGGAGUAUUGUCUGAUGGCACGAGCAGAUUUACCUGCAAAGGGAAGCCAGUCUACCACUACAUGAAUACCAGUACCUUCACUGAAUACACAGUGGUGAGGGAUGUUGCAGUUGCAAAAAUUGAUGCUGCCGCUCCUCCUGAGAAGGCUUGCUUGUUUGGCUGUGCAUUCACUACUGGCUAUGGGGCUGCAAUCAACACUGCCAAGGUUACCCCUGGAUCUACAUGUGCUGUCUUUGGGCUGGGAGGAGUUGGUCUCUCAGUUAUUAUAGGCUGUAAAAUCGCUGGUGCUUCCCGGAUCAUUGGAGUUGACAUCAAUCCACGCAAAUUUGAGAAGGCCAAGGCUGUAGGAGCCACUGAGUGUGUCAACCCUAAGGACCACACAAAGCCCAUCAGUGAAGUGCUAAAGGAAAUGACUGGUGAUUCUGUGCGGUAUACCUUUGAGGUUACUGGAAACCUUGAUACAAUGAUUGAUGCCCUGGCUUCGUGCCAUAAGAACUGUGGAAUGAGUGUGGUAGUAGGCGAUCCUCCAGCAUCUUCAGUGCUCACCUUUGAUCCCAUGUUGGUGUUCGAUGGACGCACCUGGAAAGGAUGUAUUUUUGGUGGUUGGAAACCAGUAAAUGAUCUCCCCAAACUAGUGUCUGACUUCAUGGCAAAGAAAUUUAACUUGGAUGAAUUAGUUACCCAUGUUUUACCUUUUGAUAAAAUUGAAGAAGGCUUCAAUCUACUUAAAAAAGGAGAAAGUAUUCGAACAGUCCUGACGUUUCAACAGUGAAGUACUAAAAGUUACCUGUGGACCCUUCAGCAACCUCUCUUAUAUUUCAUUUUCUUAUAAUAAGCAUAAAGUGUGUAUGGCUCUUGCAUGUGGAUAAAAUAUAAGACAGAAAAAAGUUUGUUGGAACAAAUAAAGAGUUCCUUAAAUAAAGGA